CCUGAAUGCCUCUCCGUUCCAGUGGUUGAGCUGCCUUUCUUCAGGCAUACAUCUAUCCCACCAUUCCACGUCUUGAAUUCCUUUCAGCAUUUCUCAUCCUCUUUGACCUGCCCAUUACACCCACUCAUAGAGCAGCAAAAGGCAGUUCCGCUGGAUCGAGCUUGUUCUUGUGAGCAUCUUCGUCGGCAUUCCUCGCCUCCAUUCAGCUGUUGCCAUGUCGUCGUCACUCUACCACCCGCGGCCGGUGCUGUCGUCGCAACGAUACUCGCCUUCACCAGACUACCUGGACAGCCGGAGAGGCAGCACAUACAGUGCUGGUCGACUGCCUCUGCGGGAGGGCAACAGUAAUGCGCAGUCACACAACUUCAAUGGGAUGGUCUCAUGCUACCAGAACUCUGUUGGCAUGUCGCCAUCCAUGCCUCCCAAUAUCCCCGCCCCCAUGGUUCCCUCGCAAUCGUUCGAUUGCCUCUAUCGUGUACCUACACCUCGCAACCAGCCUCGCUACCAGCGCAGAACCCGGAAUGGCGUGAACCCUCUCUACUACUGGCCGGCCUUCCGCCAGUACCGCAACAGACAAGCCCACAAGGACACACAGAAGGACAAGGGAGGUGUCUGGAGAAGACCAGAGCUUGAGGAUGCCUUCGUUGACUCUGUCCUCCUCAUGCCCCAUAUGGGCCGACGCAAGUUCUCCAUGGGAGGCAAGCUCCACGGCCGCAACAUGCUCAUCAGUGAAUACAUAUUCGUCAUCUGCGUUGCCAUCCUAGGCAGCAAAGAAAUUUUCCGCAUCGACAACAGCAACGACAGCAUCGAGCAGAUGGGACGAAAACAGGUGUCCAGCCAUAUGCAGGUUGUGAAGAAGUUCUUUGAAGAUUUGCGCUGCUUUCACUUCCUCUUCCCUGCCGAGGAGAAGAAGGAGCCUGGUUCAACCAACUCGGAUGACUAUUAUGACGAGGAAGAACAAGAGUCGUUCAAGUCCAACCCUGUCCUGACUGCCUUGGCCGAGGGCCGAGUUCCGGAUGUCAAGCCGAACUACGAAUACUUCUCCCAGCUCCUGGCGCUCCAGUCGUUGAUCACAGUCCGUCCCAAGACCUGCGAGGUUUUUGUGUCAUCAUCCGAUGUCAAGAUCCGAGACGAGAUUGCCUACGAUGCCCGUGACAACCCCUUGGACCAGGAGUCGUUCCCGCACUUGAACAAGUACAGCAACUGCGACGAUAGCCCGAACGUUCUUGGCAAGGACGUGCUGCUCCACGAGUACACAAGAUCCCUGGACCGAUCGACUUCAGCCUGUGUCAAGACGGUUACCCGCCGAUGGCAGAAGGAUGCGCCCGAGAUGUAUGAGACGCUGGAUCUGCCUGUUCGAGAUGAAGAGUGCCUUCUUCUUGAGAUGUGUGCGACCUUGGAGUUGCACGAGCACGCCAAGUUCCCUUCCGGCUCAGAGCUCACUGGCUUUGUUGAGGUGGCAAUCACGCAGCCCAGCCUCCAGAACCACCGAUGGAAGUGUGUCACACGACUCACCCGCCCUGCAGAGCUGCACAGCGAGGACUCAAAGCCGAGCGUGUACUCCAACGAGACCGGAAUCCACCGACGAGGUUGCAGCGACUCCAAGGCCGACUGUGACUGUCAUGCGCGACCGCGCCAGGACAUCCACGUCCCCUUUCCUGCGGUCGAGUGGGCCAGCAUCUUGAGCAUGGCUGUGCAGUACCCGGACGUUGAGCACCAGCGCAAGAAGGAGAAGCGGUCUAAGCAUGACGGCGAGCGGAAGAAGAGCGAGUUGGAGCGAUCUAGCAGCAAGCGCAAGCGCUCUGAGGAUGACGGCGAUGCCGCAUCUUGGGCUCGCCGCGAGCUGACCGGCAGCGACUUGAUCUGCAAGGUCGCCAUGUAUCAGGAGCUUUGGUCAUGCGCCCCUGACUCCUCGCGGUGGACUCGCCAGGGCAUCGUCUUCUGGCGGUUCAACACGACCAACCAAUGGUACAAGUACAACCCGGUCUUCAAGCCGGCUGGUACGUCGUGGCGAUGGCUCACCAUCAACGACCCCAUGUCGCGAUACCACCAGCAGAAGGCGCUCGUCUACCCGUCGGCAAUGGUGUCGAGAGACUCUGUCAUGUCACCCACACCCUCGGUCAAUCAACACAUGAACGCCGUCAUGAAUGAGACCUUCAGCUCCGCAUGGGACAGCAAUGUGGGCUUGGGACAGGUGCCGACGGCGCCAGCAGCAAACAACGGGCUCACACUGUUCGAGUCCUUCUCCAAUGGACUCGCUACACCUCCGCCAACAGCUGGCCUUCACCCGACCUACCCUACCAACUUUGAUCACAACAUGCCCCAGUCGACAGGCGUGGGAUACCUACCCGGCACGUGCAGCACAGCCGCCACGGAGUCGCAGGUGAGCACGGCACACAACCAUCAUACAGCGGCCUACUUUGACGGGCCGUCGACGUUGGCAGAUCUCAAGCCCGUGAUGCCCUCAGUCGGCUCGUUCACUGCGGCGACCACGGGGCUGGACUUGUCGAACUCGCUCGUCUACGACAACUCGGAGUGUGAUACCGGCCUCCAAGGCUGGGACAUGCCAUCACUCGAUGCCUGGCCAACAGACGCUGCAGCGGGCACGGACUGGGCUGCCCAGACGACAAAGGGUCGACCAUGGUGACCAGUCAACCAUGUGGACGCCGGCACAGUGGGCGCAGAUGACGGCGAACACAGGCGCUGGGGCAGAACGCGAUGGCAGCCCACGGCCGAUGAAGCGAAGACGAGGGGACACGAUCGACGGCCAUGUGCCGGUCACUGUUGCGACAGGAGGUUGGUAAAAUUGGACAGGGACAGUCGCAAGGCUGGCAGGCAGGAGAUGGAUAGAAGAUGGA